AUGUCUUCCGGAUUCGGUAACUUUAUGAAAAAUGGCUGGCAUCCCGAGAAGGAGGGAACCACGCUCAAGGGCCAGGUGAACGGGCUUCUGGGCAGGAACAAGGAAAAAGAACGGGAAGAGCGCGUCGCCCGGCCGCUGUCGUCCCUCCAAGAUCCUUCGACAUUCGCACCGCCGCCGAGACGAGUGCCGGGCCAGCCCCUCCCUCCGCCUCCGCGAUCCAACGCAACCUCACCUGGUGUGCCGCCUCCGCCGUACGACGCCGCGAGUGGCUAUUCUCAGCAACAGCAAGAGGAGGAAGAGGCGCCGCCGCCGCAGCCCUUCCGCGUUAAUACGACCGGCCUAUCGACCGCCCAUCUACCCCCGCCGCCGGGACGGAAAGAUGGUGCCGAUGGAAGGUCACCGGCACCAGACCAAGGGGCCGUUCGGCCACCGCCAAAACUGCCCCCGAGACUCCCACCCCGAACGCCCUCCGCAACAUCCACAGCUACUUUAUCGUCUGCUCCCGCACCGCCCCCGACAUCCAGCGGCGGCGGAUAUCUCAACCAGAGCGCGAUGAACAGGCUAGGAGCGGCCGGUAUAUCGGUGCCGUCGCUAGGAAUCGGAAAAUCCGCCCCCGAGCCUCCGACCCGCUCCAAUGCCGGCAGCCCCGCGCCGCCCCCGAGAUCAGGGGCCUUUUCGCCGCCUAGCGCAGGCCAGAUGAGCGAGCUGCAGAAUCGCUUCUCGAAGUUGGGCAAGUCUUCAGGGCAAUCGGCUAGCCCGCCGCCGCCGCCGACUGAGGGUACUACGAUGGAGCAGAAGCAGGCGGCACUCCGCACGGCGUCGAAUUUUCACAAGGACCCGUCCUCUGUAUCCAUGAAGGACGCGCGUUCCGCCGCAUCUACAUUUAACAACUUCCGUCAACGACACGGAGAACAGGUCGCUGCGGGUGUCAAGAGCGCGAACAAUCUCAACCAGAAGUACGGUAUCGCCGACAAGGUAGGGAAAUACGCCGGGCAGGCUGGCGGACAGGCCGGCGAACACCAGCAAACAGGAACCACCAAUCCUCCCUCGAACCCGUUGUCUCCCCCGCCAGCGUUGGUGAACGCUCUGGGCAAGAAGAAGCCGCCUCCGCCUCCCCCGCCGAAGAAGAAGCCUCAGUUUGGCGGUGCACCUCAAACGUCGGCGUCCAGCGCGGGCGACGACGACGAACCACCUCCGAUUCCCCUGGCAACCAAACCAACUUUUUGA